AUGGCUCAUGCGAAGGAGUCCAAGCUGCAGCGCGACCAUACGGGCGUCCAGGCCGCCGGCCGCGCCGGCGCGGAGGGGGACUCCGCCACGCUCCUGGCGCUGCUGCGGCGCCUGCGGCGCCAGGGCCAUCCGGGCAUCCGCUGGGAGAAUGAUCAGCUGAACCGGAAGUUGGCGCAUCAGCUGUCCCAGCCCUUGCUGACGGCUGGCGGUGUGGUCCCGGCCUGGGUGAAGGCUUUGCCGUUGACCUACCCCUUCCUCUUCGAGCGCAAGCUCAAGGACGCGGGGAGAAACUUUCGCAGUUGA